AUGCCUCUGAGAACAAAUCUUCCUGGACAGCUCGGCUCCCGUGCCAACAAUACGGCGAGGAUUGCGUCGGCUUCGGGCUCAGCAGCCGACAGACGUGCUGGGCUGGCAGAGCUCGCACGGGAUGAGGACAUCCAGUACAUCGUCGGCGACUGGAUGUCGGAAUACAACAUGGCGCUCAGAGGUGGCGCCAAAGCGGACGAUCCCUUGAACUCGGCCGAGUUCGAGCCAUCUUUCCUCGAGGCGAUUGAACCUGCUUUGCAAUAUCUUGAUGCGAGGCGGAUUAAGAUUGCCGUCAACGCCGGGGCCAGUGAUACGAAGAAACUGCAUGACGUGUUGGUAAACAUGAUCAGUGAGAAAGGCCUUAAGUUGAAAGUUGCCUGGAUUGAAGGAGACGAGGUCAUCGACGCAGUUCAGAAGGGGUUGCAAUCUGGUGAAAGAUUCAAGAACCUGACAACCGGUGAAAACAUCAAGAACUGGGAUUACCAGCCAAUCUACGCACAGGCUUAUCUCGGAUGCUGGGGCAUCGUCGAAGCCUUCAAGAAAGGGGCUCACAUUGUGCUGUGCGGACGUGUCGCUGACGCAUCGCCCACCAUUGCUUGUGCAGCAUAUCACCAUGGCUGGAAGAAAAACGACUACCCUCAGCUUGCGCAUGCCAUCGUUGCUGGUCACUUCAUAGAAUGCACGACCUACACCACUGGCGGUAACUUCUCCGGGUUCAAGAGCCUCCCGGGAACCUCGGUCGAUCUCGGCUUUCCGAUUGCGGCGGUCGAGGCCAUCGGGGAGUUCACUGUUUACAAACAGGCUCGGAAGGGCGGUAUGGUGACUCCCGACACGUGUAAGGCUCAGUUGUUGUACGAGAUUCAAGGACCUUACUACUACAAUUCCGACGUCGUGGCUGUGCUCGACGAUAUCAAGAUGGAGCAAGUCGGAGAAAACCGAGUUCGCAUCUUCAACGUGGGACAUAUCAAGCCUCCGCCAACGACCAAGGUCGGGAUCACGGCCAAGGGCGGAUACCAGGCUGAGGCGCACUACUUCCUCUGUGGUCUCGACAUCAAAGAAAAGGCUGCCUUAUUCGAACGCCAACUCCGGCACGUGUUCGAUGAGUCGCAAUUCACCUGUCUCAAGUUCCGCACGAAUGGUUCAUGCCCGGAGAAUCCGUCGAACCAGGACGCCGCAACGGUAGACCUGCGCAUCUUCGCCCAAGCCCGCACCGAGGAGCCCUUAUCGCCGUUGAAGUUCCUCAAGCCCAUCGUCGACAACAUCAUGCAGAGCUAUCCCGGGGCAACGUUUCACAUGGACACAAGGCAGGCGUUUCCGAGAGAGUUCUACGAGUACUGGGUCAGCAUAAUCCCACAGAGCGCUGCCAAACACGUGUGCCAUCUUCCGUGGAAGAACGAGAAAGUCGACAUCGAUCCGCCGACAGACACGGUGGAGUUCGUGUACAACCAGCCGACGUACGAAACGAAGAAUCCAGUCAGUCUGGCCUCGCUGGGACCAACGACGCGGGCGCCUCUGGGUUACAUUGUACACGCGAGGUCCGGUGACAAGGGGUCGGAUAGUAACGCCGGCUUCUUCGUGCGGAACGCGGAUGAGUGGGAUUGGCUGAGGUCUCUCUUGACUGUCAGCAAGAUCCGAGAGCUUCUUGGUGAAGACGACGUGGGCAAGCCGAUCCACCGAUUCGAGCUCCCGCAUCUUCAUGCCGUACACUUUUUGCUAAAGGAUCAUCUCGAUCGGGGUGUGACGUCUAGCUCAUCCUACGACUUCCUUGGGAAGAACGUGGCUGAGUAUCUGCGCUGCAAACAUGUCGAUAUUCCAAACAGAUUCUUGGACCGGGGGAGGAUCUAG